GACGACGCAUUCUAAGCUUUGGAUUCAUUAAUGGCAUUCAUGCGCAUUAUGUGCGGAGAGCCUUGAAGAAGCCCACAGCGUUUCCCUUCUUUCCCAACACUCUCCCUUCUCCUCACCCAUUUAUUUCCCCGAUACUUCCAUUGUUCUUUGCAUCGUUUCAUCACCGCCACCAUUUCCAAUACCUGUAUACACAUAUUUAUUGUUAUACGUCCACAACAUAUCUCUGCGAAAAUCCGCAUGGGUUCUUGAAUUCAUCUCUGAAAAUGGCGGUUCAAGCUCAGCACCCUAACAAUAUCUUCUUCCUCAACAGCAGAAACGGACAAGAAGGGAAUGAUUGCUCGCUGCAGCCCCAGAAACCCCAUUCUCCUUUCAUAAACGGUGGGGUUGAUACCAGAAAGCGAUCGAGAGAGGUUUCGUCGGUGUAUGAAACACAAGUCCCGACGACUCCGAUGAACCCUCCGCCGCCGCAUGUAAUCGAUUUGUCGCAGCUUCAGAAUCGCCACCGCCGCAGCCAACCGCCGAAUGUGGUAUCCAUUGGUCUUCAUUUGUCUCCAGGCGACCGCCAUGGGCAGCUGCAACAGUGCUCCUCUAAUCAGGAACAGCAGUUCUCGUCUUCUCCCGUAUUCCCCGGAGAUCUCGCCGGAGAAAUCAAACGGCAAUCAGAUGAGCUUGAACGAUUCCUUCAGACCCAGGGUGAGCAUCUUCGGCGCACGUUAGCGGAGAACAAAGAGAGGCACUAUCGUGAGCUACUGAGCGCGGCGGAGGAGUUAGUUGCACGGAGGCUGAGAGAGAAAGAAGCGGAAGUGGAGAAGGUCACGCGCCGCCACGCGGAACUGGAGGCGCGUGCGGCGCAGCUGGCGGCGGACGCACGUGUCUGGCAGGUGAGAGCGGCAGCGCGGGAGGCGGAGGCGGCGUCGCUGCAGGCUCGUCUGCUGGAGGCGGUGGAGGCGGCGGAUGCGGCGGCGGAGCACGGCGGAGGGGCGGAGGACGCGGGGUCGGUUCAUGUGGAUCCAGACAGAUUUGAUGUGGUCGGACCGAGUUGCAGGAACUGCCGGAGACGGGGGGCAACGGUGGUGGCGCUGCCGUGUCGGCAUCUCUGUCUGUGUACGGAAUGUGACAACGGCGAGAGGGUUUGCCCGCUUUGCCUCUCCUUGAAGAAUUCAAGCGUCCAAGUUUUCUUUUCUUAAUGGGCCUCAUUGGCCCAACCCAUCACGGCUAUCUUACAAAAUUACAAAUGGGCGUUUUAUUCCUAAAAGAAAAAAUCUGAUUAAAUGCAAAUUCUAAAUAUAUUUUAAAUAUCGAAGCUGGGAGCUGAUGUACGUAGCCACAUGGAGUGAUGGCAUGGAAAUUAUUUUUUCGGGAAAUUAUUGAAAAUAAAUCGAUAAGCCUGAAUUUGUUUUA